UUUUGACAAAACCAAUAUAUAUAGCCCUAAAGCUGAAAAAGAGAUCCAACGGUGGAGAAAGCUGCGUAGAUAUUGAAGAGCCAAAAGAAGGAAUCUAACGGUGGAAGGAAUAGCGUCAAACCUAAGCCAAAACCUCCCCAAAUUCUCCUUAUUAAAACCCCAUCUCUCUCCAUAGUCCCUCUCGCCGCAUCGCUUCUUAAACCUCGACGACAUCAUCCAUCGUCUGACUUCGCGCUCUCCUCUCUCGAAUUCCGAAAACAUGGCUCUUCCUAACCAGCAAACCGUAGAUUACCCUAGCUUCAAGCUCGUCAUCGUUGGUGAUGGAGGCACAGGGAAAACAACUUUUGUGAAGAGACAUCUUACUGGGGAGUUUGAGAAGAAGUAUGAACCUACUAUUGGUGUGGAGGUUCAUCCUUUGGAUUUCUUCACAAACUGUGGCAAGAUCCGUUUUUACUGCUGGGAUACUGCUGGACAAGAGAAAUUUGGUGGCCUCAGGGAUGGAUACUACAUCCAUGGUCAAUGUGCCAUAAUAAUGUUUGACGUCACAGCAAGGCUCACAUACAAGAAUGUUCCAACAUGGCACCGUGAUCUCUGCAGGGUGUGUGAAAACAUCCCGAUUGUUCUGUGUGGGAACAAAGUCGAUGUGAAGAACAGGCAAGUGAAGGCAAAGCAGGUGACAUUCCACAGGAAGAAGAAUCUGCAGUACUAUGAGAUAUCGGCAAAGAGCAACUACAACUUCGAGAAGCCUUUCUUGUACCUUGCUAGGAAACUGGCGGGAGACCAGAACCUUCACUUUGUCGAGUCACCAGCUCUUGCUCCACCAGAGGUUCACCUUGACAUUGCUGCUCAGCAGCAGAACGAGGCCGAUCUCGCAGCUGCCGCAGCUCAGCCUCUCCCCGAUGACGAUGAUGAUGCGUUUGAGUAAAUCUUCCAAAAUGUCUGCCAUGGUUUCCUCUAUUAUGCUGUUUUGAUUUUGACGUUACAUAUAAAUCAAUGGUCUAUUUUAUAACAACAAUUGCGGGAAAUAUUGGGAUUGUUCUGUUUUGAGACCCGAAGAGAAUUUGCAGCUAAGUUUUUUCUGCCCAAAAGAAUAUGCGGUUUAUUCGAAAACUUAAUUCUAGUA